GGGCUCUUCUUAGGCCAUGAUGAUCCACGGCUUCCAGAGCAGCCACCAGGACUUCUCCUUCGGCCCCUGGAAACUGACGGCGGCCAAGACUCAUAUCAUGAAGUCAGCGGAUGUGGAGAAGUUAGCUGAUGAAUUACAUAUGCCAUCUCUCCCUGAAAUGAUGUUUGGAGACAACAUUUUAAGAAUCCAGCACGGCUCUGGCUUUGGGAUUGAGUUCAAUGCUACAGAUGCAUUAAGAUGUGUAAAUAAUUACCAAGGGAUGCUUAAAGUAGCCUGUGCAGAAGAGUGGCAGGAAAGCAGGACGGAUGGUGAACACUCCAGAAAGGUUGUAAAACUAUAUGAUUGGACCUAUACAACAGAUUACAAAGGAACAUUACUUGGAGAAUCUCUUAAGUUAAAGGUUGUACCUACAACAGAUCAUAUUGAUACAGAGAAAUUGAAAACUAGAGAGCAGAUUAAAUUUUUUGAAGAAGUUCUCCUAUUUGAGGAUGAACUGCAUGAUCAUGGAGUUUCGAGCUUGAGUGUGAAAAUUAGAGUAAUGCCUUCUAGCUUUUUUCUACUGUUGUGGUUUUUCUUGAGAAUUGAUGGGGUACUUAUCAGAAUGAACGACAUGAGGCUUUACCAUGAGGCUGACAAGACCUACAUGCUACGAGAAUAUACGUCACGAGAAAGCAAAAUCGCUAAUUUAAUGCAUCUUCCACCUGCCCUCUUCACAGAACCUAAUGAAAUAUCACAGUAUUUACCAAUAAAGGAGGCAGUUUGUGAGAAGCUAAUAUUUCCAGAAAGAGUUGACCCUAACUCUUCAGACUCACAAGAAAGUACACCCGUGGAAUAGAAUGUAAUAUAACAUGCUUUCACUGUGGAAUUUGACUGGACAUGUUGGCUAUUUGUAGGGGGUAUUUUUGUUCUGAGCAUUAAUUACCUUGCUUAUGUACAGAUUUUCUGUAGCCUUAAAGGAAAUAAAAAUAAAAAUAAAAUGUUGUAGGCAAGUUCA